AUGAGGCUUUCAUGGAAGCUCUGGUGUGCGGGGCAGGCUUCUAUGAGGAACAGUGUGAUCAGUAUGACAAGGAGCUAUCAGUGGCCCCGUGCCAAGUACAAUGCCUAUGCCAUGACUGGUGCAUGUCCCCUGGGUUCUUGGGCGCUUUACAAUCCUCGCUUCUUCGAGUACUAUACUAAGGACUGCAGUGAGCAUCAGUGUUUUCUCACCGCCUCCCAGGCAGAGGAGGCCGACCAGCUGGCACUGCGAGAAGUAUUUGGCUUUUGUUAUUCUGGAGCUUCGCUGGACGAAGCGUUGAGCACCAUUGCGGUAGACCGGGAUAUGUUGCAGUUGCUGAUGCCUCGCCAAGCGGAUUCUGAAUGGACGGCGUGGACGUGGGACGUCCGUGGUGCACACAAAUUCGUUCGCGUUGCCGAAGCAGAGCGAGGCUACAGUUGCUUUGUGUACGAGAACCGAGAACCGUUGGUUUCACGACGCAUGCUGCUAUUUCGGAGCACUUUUCCAAAGACCCCACCCGCCCUCUUCUGGACCGAAUUAGGGGCAUGUUUAGUAAGCCAGGCACGUGGAGCAUGUGGAACAUGUGGUGCAACGACAACAGUUCCCUCGGUUUGGGCAGGGCAUUUCAUGAGAGCGUGCAAAUUCGCAGCUGUUUUUGUGUUUGUUGCGAAGGACCGGAAAAAUAUCCCCAGCAUGCCUCACAGUCUCUGGUUGGCUCUGGUGACGAUGACUACUGUGGGCUACGGCGAUUAUUAUCCCACAUCUCUCGCAGGCUAUCUCACCGUCUCCGUGCUAACCUUUGUGAGCGUUCUAUUCCUGGCGCUGCCUGUGGGGAUCAUUGGCCACGAGUUCACCAUGUCCUGGCAAAGCCGGACCCAGGUGCUCCUCAUGACGCGCUUUCGCAAGUCGCUGAACAAGUACGGCUAUGGCGCGGAGGAGCUGCGAGUUCUCAUUGAUUACGUCGAUGUGAAUGGAGAUGGUGAGCUGGCAUUUGAUGAGUUUGUAGAGCUCAUCAACCAGAUGAGGAUUGGUAUUUCACGGGAGCAAGCGGCUCUACUUUUUGGGAUUUUCGAUAUUGAUCAGAAUGGCUUCGUGGAGCACAAGGAAUUCCUGAAGCAUCUCUUUCCCCAAGAAUAUGUCCGUCGGCAGAGGAGUCGGAACUCCAAGAGUCGUGUGAGCGCGGCGAUUGAACAUUUGGAGACUCUUCAGUCGGAGAAGGACUCGAAGGCUUCGAAGGAAGAAAAAGAUGAUCAGUCAGAAUGA